CCCCCUCAAAGAUAACAACAGGAUAGAACAUUUCUCCAGAAAAAAAAACCUUGAAGGCAAAAAAACAGAAAAGAAGAAGAAAUGGCUUGUUCAACUACAAUGUCCUUCUCUUUGAAAUUCUUCUCAUCCUCAUCCUCAUCCUCAUCAUCUUCUUCUUCAGCAAAAAAUUUCAAUGUAGUUCGUCUAACAAACUUUUCCAAAGGAACAAACUCACUGAAGCUCAGUUCUUGUCAAAACAUUUCAGGCUCAUUCUCACCUUCAAUUCUCGCUGUGAAUAAACUCUCUGUAUCCCAGCAAACUCCAACUUUUACUGUCUUUGCUGCUAAAGGUUACAAAUUGAAAACCCACAAGGCUUCUGCAAAGAGAUUUAGGGUUACUGGAAAUGGGAAGAUAGUGAGGAGAAGAGCUGGAAAGCAACAUUUGUUGGGGAAGAAGAACACCAAGAGGAAGAACCGAUUGUCCAAAAUUCAUCCCGUCGACCGCGCUGACUAUGACAAUGUGAUCAAAGCCUUGCCGUAUCUUAAAGUCAAUCGGUUAGCAAAGUAAGGUGAUGAUUCCCAUGGAUCCAUGAAUUUGUCUUUUCUCAUGUUUUUAUGUGAUCUAAAUUUGUAUCUUUUUGUUGAAGAGGACUAGUUCUUUGGUUCUAGCUUUUGAGAAUGUAAAAUCAAUCUCUUUUUUGUUUCAUUCCCACAAGCAUAUGAACUUUUGUUGUAUGAUAACUUCAUUUUCUUUGCUUUCUGUCCUCGACACCCAUUGAUGAUUCAUGACUACUCUAGUUGUCGUCAGUUAUUUC